UUUCCGAUCUCUUCUGCCGAGUUGAGUUAAAUGAUGGGUGAAAAAGGAGGUAAUAUGAGGCUGGAAAGAGGUUGCUCUUCUCUGGGGUUUUCGAUUCUCGAACAAAAGGCCUCAGAGGAUAUAGUCUCUUGAUUUGCGGCAAUUUCUCUACCACUUUCCCCUGGGGAUCACUGGUGCCGGUGCUGGUGCUGGUGCUGGUGCUGGUGCUGGGCCUCUUUCCCUGUGGGAGGUACGACAUGCACGGUGCCCAAGUUCCCAUCUUCAUAGAUUGCUCUUCUUCAUGUCUCUCUGCUUCUGAGAUCCUUAUUCUACUCCCGAGUACAUUUCGGCUUUGAAGGCUGUUUCUUCGCAGAUCUGAGCAUCUUUUAGGAUCUAUCUAUCUUGGGCUUUCCAGUGCUGCCCUUUUCCUCUUCCGCUGUUUGGGUUUUUCUUUUUGUCCUUUAUUUUUUUUUUUUAAUUUCCUUUUUUCUUUUUCCAUGUUGUCCGUUCUUACUGGCACCUGGGUUUUGCUUCUCCUGAGGUUUACUUGCUUUAGCUACACUUUCAGAAUACUGUAAUUUAAUUUGGUCUCGAGGGUUGUGGAGGUAUCAGGAGUUGGUAUUGAAGAAAGGGUCUCACAUUUUCUCUCCUUGAAGUCUUCUUUGGUUUGUUUGGGCAUUGACUUCUGCAACCCCAGAAAGAAGAUUUGGGUGGUAGUUUCCAAUUCUGCAUUUCCUGUUGAUAUCAUUUGUAUGAUUUUAGAAUUCUUUUUUUUUCCCGCGGGGACUUGCAGCUAGAGAAUUGCGAGAUAUAUAUAUAUAUAUAUAUGUCGGGCUUUCGAAUUAACGAGCGCUCGGGAAAUUGAGAUUGCUACAUUUUCGUUACUCAAUUCACUAACUGUUGGUGAUGGAAAGUAUGAGGCUGUUGACUUUGGCUUCCUUGGUCUCCUCUCUUGCACUCGUUGCUGUUUUUCCUGAUGUCUCUUCUGCUGCAUUCACCCCAGCUGACAACUACCUUAUCGCUUGUGGGUCUUCACAAAAUGUCACAUUUCAAGGCCAAAUCUUCGUUCCUGAUUCACAACAGUCCUCCUUAGUCCUUAGAACUUCUGGAGAUGGAACCUUCUUCGUGCCGAAUUCAGUUUCUCUUCCAUCUCCUGUAUACCAAUCCCUUCGCAUCUUUUCUCAACCCGCGCAUUACGAGUUUGACAUCCAGCAGCCCGGCCGCCACUGGAUCCGGCUCUAUUACUUCCCUCUUCCAAAUUCAGGUCAUGACCUUCUCUCUGCUCCCAUAACUGUUGUGACCGAUGAGUUUGUCCUGAUGAGUAACUUCACUUUUAAGAACUCCAAGCAGCCUUAUCUCUUCAAGGAGUACUUGGUGAAUGUGACCUCUGAUGAAUUGACCCUCACGUUUAUCCCGUCAAACGGCUCCGUAUCGUUCGUGAAUGGCAUCCAAGUCGUUUCGGUGCCUGAUGAAUUGAUCUACGAUCAAGCUCUUUCCAUACCAGAUGGUCCUUUCAGUGGUCUAUCAGAGCUUGGUCUUGAAACCAUGUAUCGCCUGAAUAUGGGAGGCCCUCUGCUGACUCCCCAGAAUGAUUCACUGGGGAGAAAUUGGGAAGCUGAUGGCAAGUAUCUUCAUGUUAAUAGCUCUGCCGUCAAGGUUUCUGUGGAUCCUAUUACCAUAAAGUAUCAUGAUGGAGUCACCGCAGAGAUUGCACCGAAAUGGGUUUAUGCCACUGCAGAAGCAAUGGGCGAUCCUAAUGUUACAAACUUAAACUUUAAUGUCACAUGGGUUUUCUCCGUGGAUCCGAGCUUCUCUUACUUGAUUCGCCUUCACUUCUGCGAUAUUGUGAGUAAGGCCCUGAAUACUCUUGUCUUCAAUGUCUAUGUGAAUACAGACAUCGCCAUUGCAAGUUUGGACUUGUCAUCUCUAAAGGGCGAUUUGUCUGUGCCAUACUAUAAGGACUUUGUCGCGAAUUCCUCGAGUGGUUCUAAUAACUUGACGGUUAGCAUUGGUCCGGACGCGAUGGCUGACUUCAGCAAUGCGAUAUUGAAUGGUUUGGAGAUUAUGAAGAUUAGUAAUGGGAAGAAAAGCUUGGAUGGGCUAUAUGCUGUUGGAGAUCUACUGCCUGAUUCAUCAUCUAAGAGAAGCAAGUUGGCUAUAAUAAUCGGUGUUGUCGUUGGAUCAUUAGCUGCUGUGGCAUUAGUUGCUCUGUGUUGCUGCUGUUUUGUUGUUCGCAGAUCAAAAACCAGCUCACAUAGUGGCCACCCAUGGCUACCUUUGCCCCUUUAUGGAAACUCGCAUACCAUCAGCAAAGUGUCAACAACUUCUCAUAAGAGUGGAACAGCAAGCUGCAUCUCUUUGGCGUCUACAAACCUUGGCAGAGUCUUCAUGUUUCAGGAGAUCAUGGAUGCCACGAACAAGUUUGAUGAGAGUUUGCUUCUCGGUGUUGGUGGUUUUGGAAAGGUUUAUAAGGGAACUUUAGAUGAUGGUACAAAGGUUGCUGUGAAGAGAGGAAAUUCAAAGUCUGAGCAGGGACUAGCUGAGUUCCAUACUGAGAUUGAGAUGCUAUCCAAGCUCCGGCAUCGACACCUGGUUUCGCUCAUCGGCUACUGUGAUGAACAGUCUGAGAUGAUCCUCGUCUACGAAUAUAUGGCAAAUGGUCCGCUGAGGAGCCAUCUCUACGGCUCCAACCUUCCACCGCUCUCUUGGAGGCAACGCCUCGAGAUUUGCAUUGGGGCCGCGAGGGGUUUGCAUUAUCUCCACACAGGAGCCGCUCAGAGCAUAAUCCACCGUGACGUAAAGACCACCAACAUUCUCUUGGAUGAAAACUUUGUCGCGAAGGUGGCAGACUUUGGUCUCUCAAAGACGGGCCCCAGUUUGGAUCAGACCCAUGUGAGCACUGCAGUGAAGGGCAGCUUCGGAUACCUCGAUCCUGAGUACUUCCGGAGGCAGCAGUUAACAGAGAAGUCGGACGUGUAUUCAUUCGGCGUUGUGCUGAUGGAGGUCCUGUGCGCAAGGCCAGCUCUUAACCCUGUGCUCCCAAGAGAGCAGGUCAACAUUGCUGAGUGGGCGAUGAGCUGGCAGAAGAAGGGCAUGCUGGACCAUAUUGUGGACCCCACGUUGGCCGGGAAGAUCAACACCGCUUCCCUUAAGAAGUACGGGGAUACAGCUGAGAAAUGUUUGGCUGAGCAGGGAGUUGAUAGGCCGACGAUGGGGGAUGUGUUGUGGAAUCUCGAGUAUGCCCUUCAGCUCGAGGAAACUACUUCGCUUGCGGACCCGGAUGAAAACAGCAUAAAGAGUAUUCCAGGUAUUUUAUUGCCAAGAAUGGAGCCUUUUGAGAACAGUGUGAGCAUGGUUGAGGGUGUAAACUCGGCUGCUGAGGAUGAUGUUGAAGAUGCUGCCACCAGUGCCGUGUUCUCUCAGCUCGUGAAUCCUCGGGGCAGAUGAGAUUUGUUUUAAAAAUCUGUAAUGGAUUUCAGAUUUUUCUUCCUUUUUUUUUUUCAUAAUUUCUAUCGGGAUGUUGAGUUGAAGUCGCCUUCUUGUUAAAUUUGAGGUCUUAUCUUCUGUUUCUUUUAUGCUAAUCUUUUGUGCAUCUCUGUGUCUGAUUGUAAUACACAAAGUUGAAGUUAUGCCACAAGGCAUUAAGUUCAUCUCUUGCUUGUGAUUGUGAAUGAUGAAUUUUCUUUUGCCGUGCA